GUCUUUUGGGGAGAAUAUCCAAGAGUAAAACCGUGCAGUUUUGGCCCAAAGCGGAUAAUAUCGUAGCUAUCCGUUUCAGCAUAGACCUCAUAUUUAGGAUAAUUUUGAGUCAUCUCGUAGUCUCAUUGGUUGAAAUUACAUUAAAUACAUCCUUAAUUUGUUCCUUAGAUGAUACAUAUGCAUUUUAGGCAAAAAUGGGUCAUAGUAGAAGAGUCAAACCAAUACCAGUACAAGAAUCAAACCAAUACCAGAUUAAAAAUCAACCGAUACCAAAAUAUAGUCACUAUGAAAACCAAAUCAAUACAAAAAAAAAAAUCAAUCGAUACAAAAGACAAACUGAUGACCGCCGCAACAGGAGACAUAGAGGGAGAUGGAGAGAGAAGAAGCGAGGGGAUAAGUUUCUCUACCUGGAGAGAUCGUACGUAGCCAGCAGAGAGAGGAGAGCCUCCGAUGGGCAAGACGGCCUUCGGGGAAAAAAUAAACAUUUUCUCCUUGAAAAAAGACCCAUCAGUGGCAAGAUGAAGAGCCUAUUGGUCGAGCUUUGGGAAAGGAAGAGGAAGAUGAAGAGAAAGAGAGAAAGGAAUAAGAUUCCUUAGGGUGUGAAAAAAGAUAAAUACAAAAACCAUAUUUUACAGACAGUAAUAAUAAGAUGUCGUCAUUAUUUUUGUUCCGAAACUAUCCUUAUAAUAUGCAAUUAAGAUGAUCAAUUUUAAAAAUGAUAAUAAAAAAAAAUCAGAGGACGAAGAUGUCAGCAUUAACUCUUUUAAAGCGUAGUCACCGCCGUAACUCAUUCCAAAAUAUUCAAAUACCCAGUUCGCCAAAAUUUCAUAAGAAGCUGAAAUUCACUUGUUCAAUAUCUCCUACAUAUAAACUCGUCUAAGAAACCAUCGGUACUGACCUGAAUGCUGCAAAGUCAAAUGAACGAUGGUGUCAAUGGCGGUAAAUUCAUUUAAUUACUUCAUCUUAACGACCUUUUCUAUAGCUUUAACCUUACCUACAAAUAAAGCAAAUGGAGCUGGUUUGCCUAAAACUGGUAAAACUCGAUCCUGGAGAGAAUGGGCACAAGAAUAUUCCAAGUGGGUUGUAAGUUGUAACCCACAUUUGCAAUUUUUACAUUUACACUUUUGGAGUCCCCCAAAAACUGAAAUAUGAGUUGGAGGGCCUUAUUAACCACUUGGUGGACGACACGUCGGAAAGGUGUUCUGAGGUUUUAGCAGAUGUACUAGGAAUAGUACCCUCACAACAAAGCUAGCUAGCUAGCUAUAUCUAGCUAUGCCACCAUAGCCAAAGUAUAGGGCCACCUUGGCAAGAAGCUGUGUGUUUAACUUUAACAGAAGCUCAGCCAUAUUUCUGGUAAACGAAUGUAUGUGAAACCUGUAUAACUUUGGGGAUCAACUUGUGUACUAAUACUGGAUUUGGGAGUGAUGGGAUUGGGAGGGAUUGGUAUCAGGGCAGCAACCUUAUCUCCACCAAAGCAAGAGGGGGAAGAAAAAAAAACGAAAUAAAGGGAAAAGCUGCUUUGGAUUAUAUUCACGUAAAAGAAAUUAAUUAUGAGAAAUAUAAAAGUAUAGGGGGGCAAAAAAAUUUGUACAAGACGACCAACUGGAAAGCAGUACUGCAUUUUUGUGCAAAUUGUUAAUGUGUGGGUUCUUAUCAUUUUGAUUAUUUCUUCAAAGUUCAAACAACCAUAUGGACCUUGUUCUAGAAGUAAGAGUUAAUCCGUUCUAACUAAUUACUCCAAAUGUAGAAUAUUAGCAGGGCUAUUGUGAAUCUUUUGGUUUCAAUAACUCGAGUCCUUGUAAGAAUUUUAAUUAUGAAUGUUAUAUUAUUUACUAACACACCUCCCUCAAACAUAACACAAAUAACACAUGCACCUGAAAAAUUGCACAAGUUGAAUACCAUAUGUUUAAUAAAUGGGGUCGUUGAGAGUUUAAGACAACCUCUUGCAAGUAUCGAAAGCUCUGGUGUUGGCCGGCCGCUUGUAACAUCUCAGCUCCUUUCCUGACCAACAUAUUGUCCGUUUUGUGUCUAGCCCACAUAGUUUUACUUUUCAAUGCAUCCAUAUAUCUGCAUUGCUCCAUCCUAAUCACGUUUGCCUUAGAGGUUUUACAAGAAGUACCCUCUCGUGUUUUGUCAAUGUGAAAUCUGUCCAACGUGUUACAUUACACCUCUUUUUGGAACUCAUCGUCCGUCCUCGCGUUGAGAUUUGUCCCACCUUCAUUUAAGAGGGACGCGGAGAGACUAAUAAUAACUCUGAGCUGUUGGAAGAAAGUUAAUUAUGAAUCUUAUACCACUCUCUUGCACACACCCCCGUCAAAUGAAAGUUAACUCACAUGCAUUGAAGUUUUCACAUGCGCUCACCACAUUGUGCUUAAUUAAUGAACUGUUAAUAUCCGCGAUCAUAGAGAUUCGAACACAUGAACCUUGAUCAAAUCAGACUUCCAUAUCAUGUCAAGAACCGUUUGAUCCCAAUUACUCGCGUGCGCUUUGUUUGAAGAAGUUUAAUUAUGUAUCUUAUUAUAUAUACCAUUCAGUAACACAACUCAUCAUCGUAACCAUAAGGAUUUGUAUGAAUUUUGAAUCUGUUUGUUGGCUUUCUUUUACGUGAUCAUGUUUGGAAUCAACUUUUUUAUUUUUCAUUCUUCAAUUGAGGGUGUUGGUAUUAACUUUCAAAAUGGAAAUGAAUACGAGCUCUAUAGGGCCCGGGUCGUGUAUUAUCUUAGGUUCAGCCUUCCAAUGAACAACCUCUUUCAUCAAACGGUUUUCAAAUUUGAUUUGUGCAUCCAACAACAAAGAGAAAAAAGCACCCAAAACACACCCACUCGUAUUACUAAUACGUGUGUGGAUGUUUUUUUCGUUUGGCAAGAGCAAAAAAAAGAAACAAAAAGCAAACCAAAGCAAAGCAUUAUUUGCAUCUUCCUACUGUAGACGCAUAAUCUCAUUCAUGGACAGAUUGAUUGCUUGAUCUACCCAACUUGGAGUAGUAGCCUCUAGUGCCAAAUUGGUCCCUCUCUCUCUCUCUCUCUCUCUCUCUCUCUCUCUCUCUCUCUCUCUCUCUCUCUCCUCCCACCUUGAGUACUAUAUAAACCCUUCACGUGCCCUCUUCCAACAAUCGCAACACACAAGCAAAUAGAGAGAGAGCUUUGGUUUACACUUUACUCCAAACAUCCACUACUAAACUAAACCCUUCCUUUUUAGUGCUUUCCGCCCUAUUACCAAAAACAACAAAAAAUGGCGGUGCACUUCUCUCUGAUGUUCCUGUUCGGCCUCCUCGGCAACGCCAUCUCCUGCAUGGUGUGCUUGGCCCCGCUGCCGACGUUCUACCAGAUAUGGAAGAAGAAAACGAGCGAGGGCUUCCAGUCGCUCCCUUACGUGAUCGGCCUCUUCAGCGCCAUGCUCUGGCUCUUCUACGCCCUCUUCGCCAAGGACGCCAUGCUCCUCGUCACCAUCAACGUCUUCACCUUCUUCAUGCAGACGUUCUACAUCGCCGUCUACCUCCUCUACGCCACCAAGAAGGACAUGAUCACCACCGUCAAGCUCCUCUCCUUCUUCAACGUCGUCGGCUUCGGCGCCAUCUGCACCCUCACCCUCGCGUUCACCCACGGCUUCCUCCGCGUCCAGGUCCUCGGUUGGAUCUGCAUGGUCUUCUCCCUCUGCGUCUUCGUCGCCCCUCUUGGCAUCGUUAGGAAGGUGAUAAAAACGAAGAGUGUGGAGUUCAUGCCGAUCUCGCUGUCCUUCUUCCUGACGCUGAGCGCGGUCAUGUGGUUCAUGUACGGAUUCCUGAAGAAAGACCCUUACGUCGCUGUUCCCAAUAUUUUGGGGUUCACCUUCGGGAUCCUGCAGAUGAUCUUGUACAUGGUGUACCGGAAAAGCACUCCGGCGAAUGCUCUUCCGGUGAAGAAGGAGGUGGAGGUGGCGGAAGCGAAGGUGGUGAUCGACAUGACAAAGCUCGGGGAGCAGCCGGCCAACCAGAUCAACCAGGUGGUGCCGGUCGACGCGGCGGCGGUUCGGAGAGAGGUGAUGGUGCAACUGGCCGCCGCGGCGGCUGAGCAAGAAGCGGAGGAGCAGAGGAAGGAGCAACUGAUGAAGCAUAUGAACAACAACAACAACAAGAAAGACAUGAUUUUCAACAAUGGAAUUGCCGUGGCGUAAACAAAGACAGAGGUUUUGAAAAUGAUAACGACGAUGAACAACAGCCCUUAUUAAUUUGAAGACAAUUAAUUACCACAAAAAUAAUAAUGAUGAUGAAGAUUGUUAUGUAUUUUGGAUUUGGGUAACUGACCUACGUACGUUGUUUUUUUUUUUUACUUGUAACUUUUGCAUGUAAUGUAAUCUCUUUUCCGUAAAAUAUUCUGUGUACGGGGUUGCCUACUGUGCCAAUGUUAUUAAGAUUCCACUUCCUACGUCCUUUGUGUCGAGCAAAAUUUGUCUAUUCGUUUUACAUUAACACAAUAAGUUUUUUUCCGAUUAGAACGCUGUUACGAUACGAUUUCACAAACAUCGCAUGCUUUCCUCCUCGAUCUGUCUGUAUAUACCCACCCAGCUUUUACAUUAUUAAUCUACGAAUAUUAGAGAAUCGUCUAUAGUAUGCCACUGUCCAUAAUCGCAAGUGCCACUAAGUAAUGACGUCGGCGACAACUCACUACAAUUAUUAAUCAUUAUCCUCAUUUUCACGCGGUUCUUUAUUAGAAUCUUUUUUAACGGCAAGAAAGUGUAAAAUCGUAUUCGAUGUUGUACGGGGAAAAAUUAGUAAUAAAAUCAUUGGUGUUGAAAUCAUGAUUUAGUUAUGAUUCAAUACUUUUAUAUGGCUAGCUAAAAUCGUCUAUCAGUUUUAGAUCUCUGUAAGUGGUUCCUUCGGUUGGACCUCUUGUACUAUACAAUUUUGCAAAUACUUCUGCUGCUUUUAACUCUGAGCUCCAAGAUUAAUGUCGUCUAUAUACAGUGGCGGAGGCAAGUGUUGAGGAGUGGGGUCCAAGGACACCACUUGACAGGAAAAAUUAGGCAAAAAAAAUUUAGUAGAUACGUAGGUGUUUCAACCGAUUCUUCGAACUUAGGACCCCAUACUCUUAUUAAUUUUAGCUAUCUUUAAGAACCCCAAUCAACAACUCAAACUCUAUUCAAGGCAUAGAUUCUAGCAUUACAAAUUUUUAGGACCCCAGUUAACUUGAAGUCUGGCUACGUCACUAUCUUUAUAUGUGAAAUAUUUGCUUAAUUGAUUAUAUAUAGUAUGCCCGCCAAGAUAUUAUUAAAAAUCAUGAUUACGAAAAAUCAUGGUGUAGUGCACUUAUAGUAAAAUUUGGUACAUAACCCUACAUAAUCCUGAUUUAUAUUAUUGAAAAUUUGAGAGAAAUAUUAAAAAAAAUCUCUUAAUUGUCUGUCUAAAAAUUCAUACCAAACUCACUCCCCACAAAGAAUUAUGCACUGGUGUUGUUCAAUAUGAAAAUUUGCGCGUUUGUAUAUAUGAAUGGCACCUGUACUCUAAAGCACUUUUUAAGAUGUUCGGCACUUUAAUCUUGCAUUUUAUUGGUAAAGGGAGAUUAAGAAGAAAAAACCCCGAUGUUGGUUAAUCGUAAUUUGGCACACCAGACAUGAAUUAAUCAUGAUGAUAAUGACCAUUGCAUUGCAUAUUACGGAGGUUUGAUUACUUUGUGAAUUUGUUUGCCCAAAUGAUUAUCGUGCGAGUAUGGCGGCAUUACUGCCAAGUUUUUUUUUUUUUUUUAAAAGCAAGUUUCUAAUGCGAAGUGACGUCGUCUUAAUCACUCCAUCGACGGAGAGGAGAAGAGAAGAUUGUUGUUGUUGAUUACGUUCAAAGAUAUUAUUUUACUCUGCUUUUUGCCGGUAAGGCGAUUGAGUGAUUUUGCUUUACUUUUCGAUUGUGAUAUGCAUAUGGUACACAUUUUUUUUCCGGCUGAAAUGUGUGGUAUAUCUUGAAUACGUGUGUCAUACACAAAAACAAAGAAACAAAAACUAGGAGAUUUUUUUUUUUUUUUAACAUAGACAGUAGUCAGGUAAAUAGCCAGUACAGAGUCAAAGAACAAAAGAUAAACAUCGUGCGGUAGUCGACAAAUAGUCGAACUACCGCCAUUUCGAGUAAAACUAUUAAAAAAUU